UAGUUACUUUUCAAAUCAACAACCCACUUGCACCCUGCCACCACCACCCAAAAUGGCCGCGCCAAGCGGAGACGCAGCGCCAUCGAUCUCCCCACACCGGGACGCCGUCGCCGCGGGGCUGCUCUCCUACUACAAGCUGCUCGCCGAACUCCCCUACCUCCCGCAGGACGUCAUCGCGACGCCGCCCGAGCCGGACGGCUGGCCCGAGGAAGACCGAGCCAAGUUCCGCCGGCUCGGCAAGUCGGAUGCCGCCGUCGACCUGCUGUGCCACAUCCCCUACCUGACGAGCAGGGACUUCGAGGUCAACUACGAGACGCUCCCCAUCGACUGGCGCAGCGACCGCGUCUACUCCUUUCUCGAGCAGUACGGCGCGCUCAACCUGACCGGCCUGGAGCCGGCCGGCCAGAAAUUGCCGAGCAACGUUGUGUCGCUCACAGAGGGCUUCAAUUACGGCCGCUAUAUCCUGCUCGAUGUCGACACCGGUAUGUACUACAUACCACUCUAGUUGCCCACAUAGGUCGC